AAUCGCCACUGACAAAAGACACAAAAGUACUAGACACAUUGAAUGCAAGAAUAGAAGCAGUGGAGACUUGACAUAGGUCGACACUGAACUGUUGAGUAAUUCCAUCAUUAACAGUUAGAGCAGCACACCACGGUAUUCACGAGAAGACCUCGCAUCACGACAGCAAUUGCAGCGGCCAUCAGGACAGAAAAUUUCGAUAAAGCGAAAAAUUGUCAUACAAUGAAUUCAUCACACAACAGCUACGACCCCAACGUUGUCAUUCAAGCUGCAGAAGCUAAGCUCGCGGCCGGCGACGUCAGCGGAGGACAGACUCUCUACCAAUCGUCCCUCUUCAACUGGGUCGACGAUGCCCAAUUUGGCAACGUUCAAAACAAGGACCAAUUGCAGGAAGCGAUUGCAACGCUGUGGAUUUCUUACGCUCACUAUUUACGAAAAGCGAAACAAUUUAAGACGGCUUCCGAAGCGUACGAGAACGCCACCAAGUGUCCUGUUAGCGGUAAGGUAGGACGGAUCUGGCUAGAUUAUGCCCGGUUCUUGGAAGACCGGAACAAGGUCCGGUCUGCACAGCAACUUUAUUUGAAAGCUCUUGUAGGUACGAACACURAUGAAGGAGGCAUUGUCCAAGACGAACAAGACAAGAAUUUGCUAUGGUCGGAAUUUUUAACCAUGAUGCAAACGAAGGCAAACCAGCCCGAUCUGACUCUCCAGGGUCUCAAGGACGCUGUACAAAAGGAGCACACAAACCAGUUGGCCAGCGCCAACGAGGAUCAGCAAUUGGAUGUUGUAGGCAGCAAUAMCGCUGCGGGGGACACCAUGUACGACGACUUGCCUACGAGCAAACGACCUCGGCUUGGUAGCGGUAGCAACAACAACCCCGCCCCCGAAAUGGCCUCGUCUUCGUCCAGCACCACCCGCACACACGUGGUUACCGCGAAGGACGUCCAGGUCGAAGAAGAAGCUCUCGCUGAUAUUGUCAAAAGUGWYCGGAAGGAUCCUCUUUUUAUUUCCACCUGGAUGGUCAGGGAUGGGGAUGGUCCUCCCAGUAUUCCAAUACAAUUAUUUUCUGCGGCACCUCCCAAGCUUUCAGAUCCGAGUGGACGAGAUUUGCUUGGAAACGAUUUGGCACUUGCACUGGUACAGCGAUUGUUGACAAAUGGAGAGGUGAUUCUGGCCGUUGCGAAGGGUCUAUGGAUGCUCGCGGGUCUUACCGAAGAGAAGACUAGCAAACAACUGAAAAGUCUUGAUGAUGGUAUGGCAGCGAAUCACAAGGAGCUUCGGGCACGAUUGGAUGAGCGAUUGAGCGUAGCUGGAGCUGCUACCGUAGCGGUGCAGACCAUGAACGAGCUCGAACUGAGAAAUUUCGAACAAGAUUGCUUGCAGAAGCGCCAGCAACUCUUGAACGAGACAGCAUGGGAAUCGAGGCAGCUGUUGUGGGUCCAACAGUUACUUUUGGCAAAACUGGGGCUUUCGGGGUUUCAAGGGCCGACGGCCGAUGCACAGGAACUGGACUUGCAAGUCCGGGUCUGUUCUUAUUUGCACUCUGCUUUCUUUUUGAGGGAGCGCAUUGGGAACGAUGCUCACACAAAGAUGCUUGAAUCACAAGAAAAACGCUUGAAAGAUUUCAAGGAUAAUCCCCGACCCAGCAGUCCGAAUCGAAGCAGGAGUCCAAUGCAAGGUACGGCCGCCUUUUCUAGCAAUAGUCCCASUAGGAUGAAUCAAAAUGCAAGUCCGAUGAUGGGUACUGGUGAACGGCGGAGCCCUGUCCCUAUGCACUAUCCCAUACCAAUCAACGUGGCACAGCAGCCACCGCCGCCACCCCUCUAUCCAUCGCAUCUACCGCCACCCCCACCUCCUCCACCACAAUUACCUCCGCCGCCGCCACCAGCAAAUUACCUACAUCAGCAGCCGCAGCAGCAGUAUAACUCACAACAGCAUAUGGGAAURCCCGGAAAUUAUCCCCAGCAACCACAAAAUCCACCAUACUAUCGAUAGAGUAAACAAAAAUACGAUAGUGUGCAUAAGUUAAAGUUGGGUCAGUUGGAGAAUCUCUCUGGUUGGUCGAUUCAAUUUUUUCGAGAAAGUCUUGAUGUUGCGUUUUCUAAAUUAAAUUGGUAUCGAGUG